GCGUACCCUGGAGGAGGCUGGGACAGCGACAACCGCUGAUUGGCAGUAAAGGGGUUCACUCCCCAUCUCCUGCUCGGAGCGAGGGUGACAGAGCCAAUCAAAGCGGAGACUGAUGGAAAGGACCCAAUCGUGGGGCCGGCCUGAGGGUGGGGGCGGGGACAGAUGGUCCAGGUGGACUCCAGACUGGAGGUGUCUUAGGGGAGCUUCUUAGCCGACGCCGAUGCUGCUGCUGUGCUGAGAGACCAGUCUCCAGGCAGAACACACCAUGGGCCGAUUCCUGAACGUGCUGCGCAGCUGGCUGGUCAUGGUCUCCAUCAUCGCCAUGGGGAACACACUGCAGAGCUUCCGAGACCACAGCUUCCUCUACGAGAAGCUCUACACGGGCAAGCCAGACCUGGUGAACGGCCUCCAAGCUCGGACCUUUGGGAUCUGGACCCUGCUCUCGUCCGUGAUCCGCUGCCUCUGUGCCAUCGACAUCCACAAUAGGACGAAGCAGGAAUGCAUGGAAACCAGGCUCCAUGGAAAGGCAGGGGUCCCAGUCAAGUCCAUAAUUGAAGAUGAAAGAGAAGCCCGGACUCCUGACUUCUCCCCUUUGAGGAGCCAAACCUCUGCCAUCAAGCCAAUCCCAGCUCCUCGCGACCCACCCGAAAUAGGGUUUCCGAGGCUGUCUGCUUCCCAAGAGCAGACAGACUCAUUCACCCCCACCCCGAGGAAUAGCUGGUGGGGGUUGAAUUUCUGACUUCAAGGAUGGCCCGGCAGGGCUCCUCCAGGUCUAGGCUCUACCACAUCACGCUCUGGACCUUCCUCCUGGCCCUGGGCCACUUCCUCUCCGAGCUGUUUGUGUUUGGGACAGCGGCCCC